CCAAUCAGAUUUCGCAAAAACCACUAUGCACCUGUCGAGUGUAUGAUAAAUGUUUCCCCCUCUUCUUUCUAGUUGUAAAAGAUGGGUCUUCAAGGCAACAACCCUGGUACCUACUUUGCAUUCUCUAUGAUUGUCAUUCUCUCGUUUCUCGGAAACAUGUUGGUACUUGGUGUAAUGAUCACCAAACGGGACAACCUGAAAAAGCCUUACAACAUUUUCAUCUGCAGUCUGGCAUGUACAGAUAUCAUUACCGUCAUCUUCUUAAUAUUCAGUCGGUAUCUUUACCUUCCUGAUAUGCCGGAGAACGAGUUCGCCGCCACACUGUUCUGUAGUACUAUCUGGAACGCGUGCAUCCUAUUUGGUCUCGGUUAUGUUUCCAUCUACACUUGUCUUGUUCUCACGAUUGAACGAUGGUUGGCGAUCGUGAAGCCGAACACUUACCGAAAAACGAAGCCAAGGCAUGCUGUUGCUGUGGUUGCCACUGUGUGGUUCUGGGGACUGCUUGUUCAGGCUACAACACUCUUUCGAGGCAAAGCUGAUUUUGAAAAAGGUUUGAAUCGUUUUUGUAUUCCAUAUGCCGUGGGCAGGGAACAUUGGAUCUGAUCUAAAACUCCACACGAGUCAGAACACGAGUGAACACGAGUGAACACGAGUGAACACGAAUGAACACGAGUGAACACGAAUGGAACACGAGUGAACACGAAUGGAACACGAGUGAACACGAAUGGAACACGAGUGAACACGAAUGAAAUACAAGUCUUAAACGGCUAAUAACCCUAAAUACGACUUAUUAUUAAUAUGCCAAUAAUACGAACACUACGAACAAAGUAAAAUUGAUUCUUGCGGGUAUUCUGAUGUUAUGCAUGGCAGUGCAGUAGCAAGCUGUUGAGAGUGGACUGCAAAAGGAUAUGUGGGGGCGGGUGGGGGGGAGAAGGAGGGCAAUUCAAAACCCCUGAGAUAAUAUAUAUAAAAACUAUACGCAAUGGUUUAUUUUCCAUAUUUGAACUGUAUCAAACAUCAGUUGCAAAAAAAAAACACAUUAACGUGUCCAGGGUAGUACGGCUGGGGGGAGGCGGGGUUGGGGGGGGGGGAGUUUAGGGAAAAAACAUUUUUGGACAUACCAUUUUUCACUAACUUACCGAAAUUUGUACAAUUUUCAGUAAUAUCUUCGUAAAUUUAUCUAAAUUUAUCCUACAAUUGUCACUUUUCCAAAAAUUAUUUGUUAAGUUACAUUUUUUUGCCCGACGAGCGUGUCGUUAAAAUUGCCCCAGAGUUACGCCCCUGAACGUGUCUUAAUAUUAAUCAAUAAUAUUAAUAUAGUAAGUGUCCUGGCACUCCAAUUGGAAGUUCUAAAAUAUGAAGCGACCACAGGGCCGUAGCUAGCAUGUAUAGUGGGGGUGGGGGGAGGGGGGGAGGGAUCUCGGGAAAAAUUUCCGAAAGACGAAAAAAGUUUCGAAUCUUUCAUUGCAUACGACGUCCCGAAGAUGUUUGCUAUUCGGAAAAUGAAGACGCAAUAAAUUAUAAAUAUAUUAAAGCCGUUUUUUAUUAGACGCACCAGAAGGAAUAUUAAUGUAUCAUAAUUGAGAGAAUUGAGUCAAUUAUUGACCAAAUACAAACAAAAAUACACAUAUUUUUACGCAUAUUAUAGAAGUGAUAAACCGAAAAACAUUCACCGAUUUACGAUUUGUAAAUUGUUAUGCGUGUAAAUGCCAUAAUUCGAUCAGUUUAUACUGACAAUACAAUUCUAUAAUAUUUUCUCCGUUUAACAACUAAAAUUUCGUUAUACUAUUAUUGCCGUAAUUUUCCGAAUGGCCAACCCGAUUUUCCUAAUAUGUUAAUUCUAAAAAAGUUGGGGGGGGGGCAGGUUAAACAAACCCCAACCCUCCCUCGCUACGGCCCGGAGCGAAAAACAACAUGAAAAUGAAUGCCUAUUGCAUUUCAUUAAAGAAAUAAACUACAGAUAAUUCAAAAAAGGUUGUCCAUGGCAAACCUUGAACUCUAGAUCUUAAACCUUAAACUCUAAGCGUGCAAAGCAUAAUGGGAGCAUCAUUUAAUCAGUUACAAUCUCGUGCACAGAGCCCGAGUACGUCAUCUUCCAAGUAUAUUGUGGAUUCACUCGUGUUCCAUUGGUGUUCACUCGUGUUCACUCGUGUUCCAUUCGUGUUCCAUUCGUGUUCACUCGUGUUCACUCGUGUUCAUUCGUGUUCACUCGUAUUCACUUGUGUUCACUCGUGUUCUGACUCGUGUGGAGUUUUAGAUCAGAUCGGAACGAUCGUUUCCUAGCCAUGUUUCCCGAAGGUGGGCAAACCAGGAAACAUUGUUUCCUAGCCAUGUUUCUCAAAGGUAGACGAAACAGAAAACAUUGUUUCCUUGCUAAGUUUCCCAAAGGUGGGAAAAUCAGGGAACAUUGUUUCCUUGCUAAGUUUCCCAAAGGUGGGCAAAUCAGAAAACAUUGUUUCCUAGCCAUGUUUCUCAAAGGUAGACGAAACAGAAAACAUUGUUUCCUAGCCAUGUUUCCUGGACAUGUUUCUCGAAGGUUGGCAAACCAGGAAACAUUGUUCUUCAGUCGUGUUCCUCCAAGAUGAGCGACUAUUUCUGAAUUUGUAUCUCUUGGCUUGUUUUGGUAAAACACUGGCCCGUUUAUUUAUUAUUUCAAAGCAUUUUCUAAUCGACCAGAUGUUUCUUAUAGGCACAUGCAAGUGGGUGAAGCUGAGUAUCGGUGAAGGACCGUUCCCGUACAUUGAUAUGACGUUACAAUGCAUCAUUCCUUUCUCAGCCAUGGUUGGCCUGUACUCUCACAUGCUCUACAAAGUGAAGAAAAUGCCGUAUCUUCUACAAGGUCGUGGUGCAGUCAUUACAAAGCGAAUCACCAUCCUUGCUCUGGCUGCCUCGUCUGCUCUCAUCAUUGGUUGGCUACCGAGUCGUAUCAGUUUCAUGUUGAGUAAACUAAACCUCAACGAUGCUAACGGUCUUGUUCAUUUCUGGCUUGUCGUUUUCUCUUUCGCCAACUCUUUUGUCAACCCAAUUCUGUACGGCGUCUACAGUUCCGAGUUCCGCAAUGAUUACAAAGCGCUGCUGAGCAAGAUCUUGUGCCUCAGAGGUGCUCGGGUCUCGCCUGGUGAAGAAAUGUCGCAAACGGAUACCGUGAAUUGUGUGACCGUGGGUGAAGCGAAGGAAUCUGAGAAAGCGGAUGUCUCACAAGCUAUUUCUGCAUAAAAUAAAAUAGAAUACAGGGAACAUUUAAUAUCUUCCCUUAUGUGGGUUUUAACAUAGUCUAUCAAGAUAUGAUGAUGUGGAAACUAAAAGAAGUCAUUGUAUUAUGUUUUUGUCUGAGUUUAUGCUAAUUUGUGCAGGGUCACGAUGAUUGAGCUCAUUGUAUUUUUGUAUAAUGACGUAAUCGUCCAAUAGGGAUAGCUGAGAUGAAACGUGCAACCACGAUGAAUAAUAUUUAAUGAAGUUGAGACAAAGGAUUUGUGCACGGUGACGUACAGUUCAACAUCAAACAAAGGACUUCUAUUUUGUGGCUUUGAAGUUUGCCGGGCUUCCAAGACCAUCAUAUCUUGACAGACUAUGCUUUUGGUCAAUCAGCAGCUAUCAGAGUGAAAAAAUAAUGUCAAUUCGUUUAAUUAUAUCCCAAGUAGUGAAGAGAAAGAUUUACGCCCGUAUUCUAAAAGCUCAUUCACACUCAAUGAGUAUAGCGGUUAAAUAUGAGCUUCUCUUGAGUGCCGGUGCUGUUUUUGAAUAGCUGGAGGGUUAGUGUCGUACCUAAUUACUAUGUGACUACUCACCCUCCAGCUAUUCAAAAGCAGCAUUGACACUCAAGAAAAGAUUGAACCUCCACUCAUUGAGUGUGAGUGAGCUUUUAGAAUGCGGGCGUAAGUUUAAUUUUAUUGCUCAACAAAGCUUUACACUGAACGGCCCACUAUAGAAAAUGUUGUUUUUUCGUAAAUUCUUGCUUGGUUUGAAAGUUUGUCUGGCAAUAUUUUAAUAAUUAUUUAAGAGAAUUAUGUAUAUAAAUUUAAACAUUAAUGUUGUGUUGGACUGAUAAAUAAUUAUGAGCGUGGAAUGUAAUUAGUAACGAUGCAAUUUAUGCUGAUCAAUAAAACAUAAAGUUCUAGAGCCA